AUGGAUGAUCUUGAAGGUCAAAAGCAUAUUCAUCCUAAACGUAUAGUUCUAUGUUGUGAUGGAACAUGGAUGGAUAGUGAUGAUGGAUUCACUAAACCGACACUGAUUCCCUACAAACCAACUGGUACAUUACAGACUCCAAGUAACGUGACCCGCCUAUCAAGAUGUCUGAGAAGAUAUGGUCCAGAUGGAACUCAUCAGAUCAUUUACUAUCAUUCCGGUGUUGGCACGGGUAGUAGUAUGUUGGAUACCCUCAGUGGAGGUAUGCUUGGCACUGGAAUUUCUGAGAACAUUCGUGAAGUUUAUAGUUUCAUUGCCGCGAAUUAUACUCCCGGGGAUGAAAUAAUUCUUGUUGGGUUCUCUCGUGGAGCCUUCACUGCCAGAAGUGUUGCAGGAAUGAUCUCCGACAUCGGACUACUCACUCGUUAUGGCAUGUCAAACUUCUAUGCUAUAUUCAAAGACCAGGAAAACUUCAGAAAUGCCAAUUACAAAGAUAUCUUUCCGGAUAUCCCUUUUCCAAACAAACCAAAGGAUGGUGACGAGUACAAGAAGAGAUUGGUAGAACAAAAUUUAACCCGGGUUUAUGAUCCGAAUGGAUCUAGAAUCAGAGUUCAUGCGGUUGCUGUGUGGGAUACUGUAGGAUCUUUGGGUAUUCCAAAUAUCGCUCUUCUUGCAAAACUUGGACUUCCACAUUCUACUAAGGAGUACAAGUUUCACGAUACGAAUCUUUCCGGCUACAUUAGACAUGCUUUCCAAGCUUUGGCACUCGACGAACAUCGAAGACCUUUUAGUCCCGCCGUUUGGGAGAUAAGAGAUUUCGAAGAUGAACCCACUGACUUGCGACAAGUCUGGUUCCCAGGAAGCCAUGCCAAUGUUGGAGGAGGUUACGAUGAUCAGGAAAUUGCAAACAUUACCCUGGCCUGGAUGAUGGAUCAGCUUGCUUCUAUUGGAGUUUCUUUUCAUGAAGAUGCCAUUGACAUAAUAUUUCAAAAGAGCGUCCACUAUUAUGAAACUCUACCACCUCCUUCCACAUCUAUCUUUAGGUUUUCGAAGCCAAUCAACGAAUGGGCAACGCCUGCCGUUUAUGAGAAACAUCAUCCAGUUCGUCCAUGGGCUCUUGGGAAGAUUUAUAACUCGGAUACUGGAAUUUGGACCCUCGCAGGUAAAGAGACUAGAACUCCUGGUCUUUACCAUCGUUUAGAUCCAGAUACUGGUGCUUCAACUGGAAUACCAAUGACACAUACUAAUGAACGUAUCCAUUCAAGUGUAAGAAUUCGACUUGAUCUCGGGGGUCUUGGUGAAGAGGAUAUGACGAAGUAUAAGUGUCCAGCACUUUUGAAGAAAGGACCAUGGCGCCUAGAUCAAAUUCGAAUCAAAGUCACCGAUCCUAUUCCACCAACAGCCACAUGGGGUCCAACAGCUCCAGCAGCAUUAGAUGAUGAACGAACCAGCGACCUGAGAUGGGUAUGGGAAUAUGAUGGACCAGAAAAGAACGCACCCGUCAUUCAAACUAUUAUUGAAGAAAAUCUCGGCCCAUAUGAGAGAAAAUUACUCCUAUUGAAUAAAGGUAAGGGAAUGUUUCACAAGGUUAUUGAUGAGGCGAAUGCAGAUGAUCGUAGGGCUAUAAUCUCAGCAGAAAUUGAUGCAAGACGUGAAAACCGGGUUAAAUAUCAAGAAUCACUUAUGCAUCGACGACGCAAAAAGAAAAAGAGAAGAUCUCAUCGAACAUCCAGAGCAGGGACGGAAAAGAAUCAUAUGACAGCCGAUGAUUUAUUAUUAGGAGAUACAGCUGUGAAUGGAGACUUUGGAAGAAGAAGAAAUAGAGCGGGAAGAGAUGAGGUGGUUAGUUAUGGAAGUGGGCCAGUGAUUAUUGGGGAGGAAUUGGAACCGGAUGAAAAACUGGAUAAAUUACAUGGGUUCUCGAGUUAUAAUGGAGAAAGAAGGAAGUCUCGACAGCCGGGGGUUUAUGGCCAGGGAUUUGGGGAGAGAUUGGGAGAAUUACCGGUUAGAAGUCGCACGAGGGUUACGGCUGAUCCGAGGGAUUCGGAAUUAGAGAAAGAUAUGAGGGAGAUGGAGGAGAGAAGAGCGGGGAUCAGCGGAAAUACGACAAAUGCGACGAAUUCGAGAAUUAGAAUUGUGCCCGUUGGAGAAGAGGAAAACGAUAAGAAAGAUAAGCCUAGACGAUCUCGAGUCGAAAUACAACCUCAGGAGCAGGAUGAAAUUGUCGUAUUUGAAGAACACGAUAGUCCAGACGAACGCACAAAUCGUAGAUCUAGAGUCGGCGCUCGUGAUCGUGCUAGAAGUACGACGAGAACGAUCGAUACAUGGGAGAGAAGUGAAGUGGGUGAAAGCACGAUUUUUACACCCACACCUAGAAACAGAUCUCGAGGGCGAAGCGGACUCGGAGAAAGAGAAUUGAAGAGUCCGGGUGUAAGUGUUAGGGAAAGGGAGUUGAGUGUUCCUAGAAGUGUGGAUAGUUGGGAGCGAAGCGAUAUUGAAAGUACGGUUUUGACUCAAAGAGAGAGGGAAAAAAGUAGGACGCCAAAAUCGAGGGGGGCGAGGGCGAGAAGUACAGCUAGGACGAUUGACACGUGGGAGAGGAGUGAGGUGGGAGCGAGUACGGUUAUGAGUGGGGGGAGGACACCAGGGACAAGAAGUGGGGUUAGUGCGAGGGCUAGAGAGAGGAGUAGAGUGGAUAGAGAGAGGGAGAGGGAAAGAGAAAGGGUUGAGAAAGAAAGAGAGAGGGAGAGGGAUAGUGGGUAUGAAGGGGAGGGUGAGAGAUGGCAUGGGAGGGGAUACAAUUAUGAUGAGAGAAAACGCGGACAUAGUCCCGUACCAGUAGACUUGGGAGAGUAG